AUGGAAGCCCAUCUUGCGAAUAUCUGUCCUGAUGUUCCUAUAGAUAUAAAAACAUAUUGGCAAGAAUCGCUUUCAACCAAAAUUGAACUAACAAAUUCAGUAAAUGAGACUGUAAUUUCAGAUAUUGACGAAUUUUUACUCUAUUCAAAUCAAGAACUUUUAUCGCCGAAUAUUCAGGAACUUUCACCAACAAACAUUCAAAAACUUUCAUCCUUAAAUAUUCAAGAAUUUCUACCAUCAAACCUUCAAGGGCUUUCUCUAUCAAAUGAUCAAGAAAUUGCUUCAUCAGAAGUUAUUGAACAAACUGAUACUCUUACGAUUUUGGAAGUUAUCAAUAUUACAAAUUUAUUAAUUGAAACUAAUGGUCAAUUGAAAGUUAAUAGGUUACAUAAUAGUAAUAUAAAAAAUUCAAAUUCGUUUAAUUAUAGUACAGAUGAUUUAAUAACUAGGAUGUUUGAAGCAAAUAAAUUUAUUGCUAUCAUUGUGGAGUAUUAG